AUGGACGACCGACGACAAACCGACGAACCGACUACGAAUAAAUGGCGACGGCCAUUUUGUGAGGCCGCACGAUUGAGUUGGAUGGUGGCGAGCUACGGCUCACGACCAUGUAAGUACCCUGUUGCUACUCUGGCUCAUCGGCAGACCGCACCGAGCGAUGAGGACGACGACGACGACGACGACGAAGACGAUUUCUGUGAGGCCGCACACUUGGGGUGGAUGGUGGCGAGCUACGGCUCAUAG